GAGUGACCUUAUGGGAAAUUUUCACUUACGGCCGUCGACCGUAUGAGGAUGUGGAGACGAAAAAUAUCAAAGAUCAUGUGAUGAAAGGUGGUCGUCUGACACAACCAGAAAUCUGCACCCUGGAUGUGUAUAUGGUCAUGGUAAAAUGUGAGUUUUGUCGACUGGUAGUAAUACGUUUUUUUUACAUCACUAUUUUGUGUGCAAUUUUUCAUGCUGAACAAGGCGAGACAUUCUAA